AUGUUCGGCGAAAUUUUUUUCUCUUUACAGUCCGAGAGGCCCGCAGAAAAAGUCAAGGCGGUUAAUGAAGAUCUAUUUGGUAUCCGGGAGGAGUUUUGGGCAAAGGGGGGAUGAACUGGGAAAUGUGGGUUAUGCUAUUUGUCCCCUCGAUACUUUUUUUUCCUGUGCAUUUCUUCUUGAGUAGAGAGGUGUGCUAUCCAAGACCCCUCUGACAAUGUUGCUUUGCGAUUCUGUAUACAGAUCUAGAUAGAAUUCUAAUGAGAUAUUCUUAUAUAGAUAACCUCCAUAAUGUGGUAUUGCGUGCUGGAAAAGUAUACCUUAAACCCAACCAUCCAGAAGCCGUUGCUUACAAUACCCAAGAAGCCGGCACUCGAAAACAAGAAUUCGAAGUAGCUUUCUCCUCUGCCGAUCAGGGGGAGAUAGAUCCUUCGGCACUCCCGGCCGAUCCGAUGGAUGUCCCUGCGUUCGGCUACCCGCUGGCGCAUGCAGUCGAAUUUGGCUAUGAGUAUGGCGGUAUUCGGGGGGGGGGUGCAGCUGCCAAGGACGCUAUUUGA